AUGCUACCCGCUGCCGUCCCAGACGCCAGGAUUUACACAUACGAUUGGAACGCAAAAGUCUUCGACAAUGCUCCCGUCCAAACAUUAUUGGGUCAUGCCGAUAACCUCCUUUCUCUUGUAGCAGCAGAGCAUGGCACCUCAGGUCGACCCAUACUCUUCAUCGCGUCUUGUUUUGGAGGUCUUGUUCUAGCCGAGGCCAUUUGUCGGGCAGCCCAGGAAGGUAAUGAAUACCGUCAAAUGCUCCGGUCUACAAUCGGCAUCGUCUUCUUAGCGACUCCAUUUUCCGGGACAAAUGCAGCCGAUUCUACAUCGUGGCUCGUGAUUGUUAAGGGGAUCAUGGGCAAGAACCUCUCGUUACCCAGUGGCAAGCCUGGAUCUGGGAAAACUACAUUGGUGAAAUAUCUCAUAGAUAACCCUCUCACGAAGGAAGCACUAAUCAUUUGGUCUAAGGGAGCUAAUGAUCCUAUGAUAUUGUCUCACUUCUUCUGGAAAGCCGGAUCUGAAAAAUUACAGAGGAAUAUCAAGGGAUGCAUAUGUUCCAUCCUUCACCAAGCCGUUCGACCUGAGACAAUUCCUUUAAGCUCAAUACUGACCACCUACAAAUUUGUGUCAACCAAGCAAUCGGUCACUGAUUGGUUACUUGAAGAGCUUAAGGAUAAACCCUCAUGGCAUUUCCAAAUAUCAACGGGAUUCGGACUGGAUAUUGUUUGUUUGCUUGUUGGCAAGGCGGAAGGCGUCUUUCUCUGGCUUCGUUUAGCAUCCGAUAGCUUGGUUCGUGGACUAAAGAAUAACGAUUCAGAGAAGAUACUAUACCAAAGACUUAAAGAAUUGCCCAAUGACCUGUACAGGCUCUAUACUGACAUGUGGAUCCGAAUGAACGAAGAUAUAAAACUAUACCGGGAAUCUACUGCCAGGUAUUUCAAUUUGGCCAUCGCUCUCCAAAGAAAGGAUAAAUACUAUACGCCUCGGCUACUUCGCCUAAUGGCUGUAAUGAAUGAUCGAGUCCAAUAUAUCUUUGUCAACGAGAGAAAUACCAUGGAUGCAACUUCUUUGAAACAAGAGUGCGAUAAAACUAUCUACGAAGUUCAACACCGAUGUAUUGGCCUUUUAGAGAUAGUUUCUACUAGACACGAGAUAGAGGUUAUAAUGCAGGAUCCUACCUAUAAGCCCUUGGACCCUCACUGGCAAAUGGAGGUGCAAUUCCUCCACCGGACAGCCUAUGAUUUCCUCACGGAUACUGAAGAAGGUCGUCAAAUCCUCGCGCACGAUUCGUCCUCUCAGCAUAUGUCUAUCGUUUCGAAUAAUAAAGGGCGAUUUAGUCAUGAGGAAACCUAA